AUGUCUGACGUGGCUGCCCUAGAGGCAGAGGUGAAGGAGAUCAAGCUCCAGCUUGAAACCGUCGAUGCGAGCUUGCAGGUAGAUCCCGAUAAUUCGGAACUCCUGGGCCUCAAGGCUGAACUUGAAGAAUACAUAACCCUCACCGAAAUUUCCAUUGCUGAACUAAAACCCCCCCGCGACCGCACCCAAGCCAGCCCCGCCUCCGAAGGAGUCAUGGAAAGAUCAUACCCCACCGCCGAGGCCAUCGAAGAGGCACAACCGCCAGCUCCCGCCUCGUAUCGCGUCAAUGAUACCGUGCUGGCCCGCUGGGUGUCUGGCGACGGCUCCUACUAUCCCGCGCGCAUCACAUCCAUCACUGGCUCCUCAAGCAAUCCCAUCUAUCUGGUGUCAUUCAAGUCCUACUCGACCAUGGAGAAUUUGACUUCCAAGGAUAUUCGCCCCGUCGCGGGCAUUGACCGAAAACGUAAGGCUGAUGGAACUCCAGGCAGUUCGGCGUCACCGUCUCCCGCACCGCCGCCGCCCAACGUGAUCUCAGCGGCGGCCGAUAUCAACCCAGCUCUGGCCAGUCAGGCCCGGCAAGAACCCAGCAAAGUUGAAGAUGGUCCGGCCCGGCCCGCCAAGGUGCCACGCAAGGUGAAGGCCAACAAAGAACUCGAGGAGGGAAAGAAUAAAUGGAAGGAUUUUGCGGCCAAGACCAAGACCAAGGGCAAGUUCGGGAAGAAGGAUAGCAUGUUUCGCACGGGUGAUAGUGUCAAUGCACGGGUGGGCUUUACCGGGUCUGGCCAACAGAUGCGCAAGGAUCCGACCCGGACACGUCACAUCUACCAGCAGGCUGAUGAUGAGGGUUAUUAA